AUGACUUAUCUUGAUGCUGAUCGUUGGGAAGAAUUGAUUUUGAAAUAUUUACCUCAAUUAGAGAAAUUUUAUUCAAAGUAUGAGAUAUUUUUUAAUAUUGAUGAUGAAAAUUCAAUGUAUCUCGGCAAAUCAUAUCAAUUAGCAUCGUCAUUUUGGAUUGGACGAAAAUGGGUAUCAGAAACUGUAGCACUGAUUUAUCAUUUGAAAAUUCGUAACAAUCGCUUUAAUGGUACAUUAAUUGAAAUAUUAUAUUUAUUACGAGAACUUGAUUCAUUACAAAUUUCUUCUAUGUCAUUAUCACAAUCAGAAUAUUUAUCUAUUGAUGAAGUAGAAGUCGAUGCUAUUUCGAAGAAGAAUUAA